GAUAAAUAUACGUGAUGCGUUGGUAGUGGUGGUGGUAUCGAAAGGACUAUAUUCUACGUGCACCGGUCUUACCGUUUUUACAAAAAGCAAAGUGAAGCUGUGCACAGCGAAGCAUCUUUAAACCUCACGUCUUUAACAUCAUGUUAACUCUUCUUAUCAUUAACAGAGCUGGAUCGUUGAUUUACCACAACAACUUUGCCAGCGCUCCCGUUCCGCUCUCGCAAAACGAUUUUCUCGUUCUUGCAGGAACCAUUCACGGUGUCCAUGCCAUUUCAACGCAGAUGAGUCCUCUGCCACAGUCUUCUGGCAUUCAAACGCUUGAGUCCAAGUCCUUUAACAUGCACAUCCGCCAAACGCAUACGGGUUUGAAGUUUAUCAUGUUCUGCAACAAGAAAAUCACCAACGCCCAGCAAAUGUUGAACAAGGCCUACGAGCUCUACGCCGACUACGCUCUCAAGAACCCCUUCUACACACUCGAAAUGCCCAUCCGUUGCCAACUAUUUGAGGAACAGCUAAAGAGGUACAUAAAUUCUUAUUGAAGAUUUUUAGUCGAAAAGACCAAAGCCCAUCUAGAUAAAUGUCAGCGAUAGAACAUAAAACAAAAACACAUUUCACGACAAAACAGCCGCGAACAGC